GUAGAUAGAGAAGGAGGUGAAAGCAAGCAAAGUAAAAGUGCAGGAAUAAACGUGAUCGGUGUGUGAGAUUAUCUAUAGUGAUGAUAAACGACACGGACAGGUAACGGACAGACUGGCAGACCGGAAAUUGCGUCAUGAGGUGACAGGAGUUCUUUUGAAAAGCAGGAGCUCAGACACACACACACACACACACACACGCACACACACGGAGGAGUCUGGCUGUGGACUGUGCACACGGGGGCUGCGUCUAACACACGGAUUAAAGGUUGUGUGUGUGUGCAGGUUGGUGGAGAUGUGGUGGUUUCAGCAGGGGUUGUGUAUCCUGCCAGUGUUACUGGUAGUUUGGACAGCAGCUACAUUUGUUUUUGCUUACAUCACAGCGGUGGAGCUGAGACACGUCGACCCCUUCGUCCCCUACAUCAGUGACACGGGAACGGUUCCUCCUGAGAGGUGUGUGUUUGGGGUCAUGCUCAGCGUCUCGGCAUUUCUGGGCGUUGCCACCAUGUAUGUGCGUUAUAAGCAGGUGGAGGCUCUCACUGAUCAGGGAGAAAAGCAGCUGCUGAAGAUCAACACUGUGGGCCUCGUGCUUGGCUUCAUCAGUUCCUUUGGCAUGUGUGUGGUGGCAAAUUUCCAGAAGACAACGUUGUUUUCGAUGCACCUGGUGGGCGCAGCCCUGACGUUUGGCGUGGGGGCACUCUACAUCCUGACACACACGCUCGUCUCGUACCGCAUGCAGCCACACAUACACACCAAACAAGUGUUCUGGGUUCGACUGAUCAUCUGCCUGUGGACCUUCAGCAGCAUCAUCAGCAUGUUCGUGUCCUCAGUGAUUCUGUACAGCAGCCUGCCGGGAUUAGAGGUGCACAAAAAACUCCACUGGAACCCCGGGGAACCCGGUUACACAGUUCACAUGGUGAGCACGGUGUCUGAAUGGUCUCUGGCUUUCUCCUUCAUCAGCUUCUUCCUCACCUACAUCAGAGACUUUCAGAAGAUCAACCUGAGAGCGGAGGCAGACCUUCAGAGCAGUAAUUUGCAUGACUCCUCCCAUUUUGGUUCAACAUGGAUCCCUGGAGAGACCUCGUCCUUACUGGCUGGAUCCAUCUAAACACACACAUACACACAAAGACCCCGCCUGCCCCCCUCAACAAACCCCCCCCCCCCCCCACACACUACCUUAAAAAUAUAACCAACAAGGAGUAUAAAACUGUCCAAUAGGAGCAGAGUUCAGUUUAGACAACAGCAGUUUCUCAGGAUCAACAUGUCAAACUGUGGCUCUCCCCACGUGGUUCCAUCCCCGUGGUUUGUCUCAUUAGGGCAGCUGUUUUUAAAAACUGUAAAAUAAUUACUAAAAAUCACGAUUCUCAUUUAAUGUCUUUAACCUCUUUCAUUUUAAUCUGGGAAACUUGUGAAGUGCUGAUUUUUAUUUCAAUUCCAGGAUACUAAAUCAGAUCAGUGUUUAAAUCAUGUCGUCUUUAACAGCAGCAGCUUUUUAAAUAUUUACUUGAGGACAAGAAGAGCGUAGGUUUCAGUUUAUACAGUACACACACUCACACACACACUUAGUUUAUACGGUACACAGACAUACAUUCAGUUUAUACAAUGCACACAUAUUUAUAUUUUAUUUUAAACACAUAAAUUUUGAAAAAAAAAUGUCUGCAGUUUAAAAUGUUCCUCCACACACUGUGUUUAAAUCUGCUUUAUACAUCUGUAUUUCUUUCUAAUCUAACAUUUACUUCUGUCCUGAUAAGCAUGUGGUGCUGUAAUCUGAAACGCGCUCCGGCAGAAACGUGUGAAUGUGUAAAAUCUUAAUGUUAAUGAAUGAACUGUGCUCAUGUUUAAAA